AUGUCAGCCAAAGAGGCAGAUCGGGAGCAGGACCAGUCCCCGAUACCUGGAAUAAAGGCAUCUGUUCUAAUGGGAUUUUCUACAUCGGCCUUUCUGCCACAAGAGUACUUAGCAGAGAAUGUGGAGAAAGAAUUCUCAUCGUAUUCUGAGAGCCGGUGUCCUGGGAGAAGACUCAGACGGCCGCCCCAUAGAAUAAAUCUUGAUAUAAGUGCCGUUGACGCUACAUCUAUGGACGACCUGUCAGAGAUUAUGGACAUUCAGAGUCGGUCUCUUGCUCCCUGGGAUUUUAGUCUUGACAUGGACCCCAACAGAUACCCAAUGGUCAUCUCUGAAGCCAACUGUCUCAGUUCUGUCUGUACAGAUUCCAGUGGGAAUGAAAACCCUGAGCUAAUAUCACUUCCUAUCCAGCAGGAUAUCAUGGUUCUCACCCGGGAACAGAAAGACUGUGACUAUGUGUACAAACUGGAGUCAAAACGGGUUACUGUUGGCUGUACAUGCGUCUGGCCCAAUGAAUUUGAAGUCAAUCCAAUGGAAGAAUUUGACAUCUAUCUAGAUUAA